AAAGUCGUCGCUGAUAGCGUCGUGAUCGAUGGGCCGCUUUCUUUUCGUAUUCUCAUUGGUUUUAUUAGCAAACUUGACGAUCGGUGGAGGUGGCUUCAAGCAUUCUGGUAUAUAUUUCCAAAGACGGGAUGCCGCUUUGAGAAACGCGCUAACAAUCAGUGAGGUCAGUUUGUUGAGUCCUGCAGGACCACGCGGAGGAUUCGUUUUUAAUUUGCCGCAGCAUCUAAUCUCUCGUUUUGGGUAUUACACAGCGACUAUGAAAGGUACUUAUGCUCUCGGCCAAAAUCGCUAAGAGAUCGGAUACUAAUUGGGAAAAUGUUACUGGAAUUCUAUAGAGCGCAGCGAAAGAAGGGAUGGUAUCACUGACGCGUCACCUCGGAUUUCACGCGAAAAUUUCACGUAUCCUGCUUGGUUGCAUCGCAUUUUCAUUGAUUGGUUGUUCGACCAUUGAUGCGGCGGAAUUCACGGAGCAGCACAAAAAUGUUUUGGACAAACUCGCGACGAUUGUGGCCGAAAAAGAGGGCAGCCUGCAAAAAACGGUGCUCGGUUCCAGGGCAGCUUUUCCGGCUCAAAGAGAGGAGACGGAACUGGAAAGAGCGGAAAGGGUCAACAAGGGAUUCGAGAGAAUGAUUCAAAUGGUGAACAUCCUUGGCCAAGUCGACAACUUCAUUUCCGACAGAACAAAGAACGUCGUACGGAAAUUAAAUGCGAUGUACGACAUUGACGAUCAGGAAAAAUCCAGAGGUGCAUGAUUGCCGCGUGAUAAUCUUUCUUACUUUGUAAUUUGUAGCUUGAAAUAAAAAAAAAUUACCAGCUCACACUUCUACAAUUUCAUCGUUAUAGAAAAUUCACCAAAUUCUACUCGUAUUAAUCGCGUAUAAAUAACAUAGACAUUAAUCAGUGGAUACAAAUACGUCUGACUUAGUCAGACGAUAAUUUAGUCGUGAUUUUUAAUCAUGCAGGUUAAAUAAAAAAAUCAUAUGCAUUGCGUAUAAUAAGGCUGGUUUUUACCCGACUUUAAUGAUAAAAUAUGUAUUUCUAAAGCGAAUUAACUUCACGGAUCCGACGAUUAUUAUUAUUAUUAUAAUAUAUAUAUAUUUUUUUCAUAUCAGAAUUCUCUUCAUAUUAUUAUUCUCUAUAAUAUAUAUAAUAUAUAUACAUAUACUCUUUGUAUUACAUGCUAAUUAGAAAGAUAAAUUAAAUCCGAUAUCGUGCAUAAUUACGUGAUAUGUCUAUUCUAUUUUCUUUAAUUUUAAACCGACUGCGCAGUUAGGACUCUGCAACAUACUUAUGCCAAAUAUUACAUAUAAUUAAACAAUCUUAAACACUUUAUACGAAUACGUUAUGUAUCUAAUAACAGAAUGUACACCAGCCGCAACUUCCCUCAAUCAGUAGAAUGUUUCUCAAUUUUUCUGACGAUAUAAAGUCGCGCGUAAAUCCAUCAUUGCCACUUAAAUCGUUACAGCUAUUAUCCACAAACAGAUCACAUCAUCUACAACGAAAAUCACUGAUCGUUACGAUACUUUACGAUGGCAUAACGAUAUUUUACCAAUCACUACCGUUUGCAAUUUGAACCGAAUAAAUUUUUAUAGAAAAAUAUACCCAUUGAUAAACGAGCCAAUGCAAAAAGCAUAAAUUCUUGAUGCUUAAAAUUCUGCCCAUAAUCGUGUCUGAAUAUAUUUUUAUUACUUUACGGGUCUCUGCAGUUAUUUAACAGUACAAUACUAAUUAGCCUUGAGGCUAUUCCUUCUACUCCCGAGGGAAAUACCGCUGAGUACCGUACAAUACCGUACAAUAUAGUAUAUUACCCGCAGCGUAGAGCUGUUCACUAAUAUUGAUUACGGGGUAAAUGUUUACAAGUCAUUUCACAACUUGUGUAUAAAUAUAUGUAUAUAUAUAAAUACUAUUAGCUACCGUUAUAUUCUGAGAUGCAUGCGUGUUAUGGGCAUCAUUUAAUAUACGUGUAUGAUCCUUAUUAUGUAACAUUAGAGGUACGUAUAUUACUGCGUACGUAUAAUGACAAAUGUAUAGAAUUUUGUAAUUUCGUUGCUGGUUAUCGCAGUUCAUAUCACAUCAUUAUUAUGUCAAUAAAUAUUCUAUAAUUCACGUAUAAUCCAGAUUAAAGAUGUAUAAUAUAUAUUUCGUAAGACUUACGCGUUCUCGGUGUUUCGUUAUCAUUUAUUAUCAUUACAGUUUUUGUUGUCUUAUGCUUCUUUUUUUCAUUCCUUUAUUGGUUUUGUUUUUUCUUUUUUACCAACGACUGUUUGUACUCCACCGUUAUAACCUCCACUUUUUAUGUCACGUCGCUGAGAUAAUAAAUAAAAAAUAAUUCCAGGAAGAAGCGACGGUGAUAAUAAUUACAUCGAAUAUGGACUUUUAACGAAUAACAACUCGCGGGUAGGUUUAUAAUCGUGGAAUAACAU